AGUGGAAGAGAUGACAAUGAGGUAGGCACUGGAGGUUCAGAAGUCCUCCAUAUAGUCCAAACACAUGCGGCUACUGUGGUCCUGGUCAGCCUGACCUUGGACAAGGACCCAAUGCCCAACCCCAGGCCUGCCAAGCCCUUGGCCCCUUCCUUGGUGCUCAGCCCAUCCCCAGGAGUCUCGUCCAGCUGGAGGGCUGCACCCAAGGCCUCAGACCUGCUGGGGGCCAAGGGCCCGGGGGCAACCUUCCAGGGCCGGGACCUCCGAGGUGGGGCCCAUGCCUCCUCCUCCUCCUUGAACCCCAUGCCACCAUCACAGCUGCAGCUGCCCACAGUGCCCCUAGUCAUGGUGGCACCUUCUGGAACACGGCUGGGUCCUUCGCCCCACUUGCAGGCACUCCUCCAAGACAGGCCACACUUCAUGCACCAGCUCUCAACAGUGGAUGCCCAUGCCCGGACCCCCAUGCUGCAGGUGCACCCACUGGAAAGACCAGCUAUGAUCAGCCUCCCGCCACCCACUGCUGCCACUGGGGUCUUCUCUCUCAAGGCCCGGCCUGGCCUGCCACCUGGGAUCAACAUGGCCAGCCUGGAGUGGGUGUCCAGGGAACCAACAUUGCUCUGCACCUUCCCAAGCCCUGGUGCACCCAAGAAAGACAGCACCCUUUCGACCGUGCCCCAAGGCUCCUACUCACUGCUGGCAAAUGGUGUCUGCAAGUGGCCCGGAUGUGAGAAGGUCUUUGAGGAGCCGGAGGACUUCCUCAAGCACUGCCAGGCAGACCAUCUCCUGGAUGAGAAGGGCAGGGCACAGUGUCUCCUCCAGAGGGAGGUGGUGCAAUCUCUGGAGCAGCAGCUGGUGCUGGAGAAGGAGAAGCUGGGUGCUAUGCAGGCCCACCUGGCUGGGAAGAUGGCCCUGACCACGCCUCCAUCUGUGGUGUCAUCUGACAAGGGCUCCUGCUGCAUUGUAGCUGCUGGCACCCCGGGCACCACCCUUCCGGCCUGGCCUGGCCCCCAGGAGGGCCCCAAUGGCCUGUUUGCUGUGCGGAGGCACCUCUGGGGCAGCCAUGGACAUAGUACAAUCCCAGAGUUCUUCCACAACAUGGACUACUUCAAGUUCCAUAACAUGCGGCCCCCGUUCACCUAUGCCACUCUCAUCCGCUGGGCCAUCCUGGAGGCUCCUGAGAAGCAGCGGACACUCAAUGAGAUCUAUCACUGGUUCACACGCAUGUUCGCCUUCUUCAGAAACCACCCUGCCACCUGGAAGAAUGCCAUCCGCCACAACCUGAGCCUGCACAAGUGCUUCGUGCGGGUGGAGAGUGAAAAGGGGGCUGUGUGGACCGUGGAUGAGUUUGAAUUCCGCAAGAAGAGGAGCCAGAGGCCCAGCAGGUGUUCCAACCCCCUAGCUGGCCCCUGACUGCAAAGCCAAGGAAAGGAAGGAAGGACAGGGGCCAACAUGUGGGGCUAAAGUGGCUGGGGGUGGGGGUGACAGGCCCGGACAUACUCACAGCGACCAAGAAGUGCAUGUACUGUCUUGCCUGCCAGGGACCCUAUUACCAAACUGACUACCCCUCCUGGAUCAUAUGCUCUGCACCAAGGCUGCUCAGAGGGACCUCAACCCCGCACUCCCAUCAUAGCCCCCCAUGACAGGCUCUCCAGGCAAACUGAGCCUUCACAAUUGCCCUCACACACAGCCUGCCUUGGGCACUCACAGGCAACCUAGGACUGGAAAAAGUCACAAUCCUGUCCAAUCCUUGGACUUCAUACAAACCCCCAAACAAAGAGCCUGUCUCAGUACACUCACACAACCUCAAAUCUGCACAGUCACACAAUCACACCUGAGUACGCCUGUCAACCCACAUACCCCGAAGCACACUCCCACAGCCAGCCUCCAGGCCCCUAGGUGCAUCACAGGGGGGAUGCCUACACACCCACACAGAAGCAGCCUUAGUGCCUUCAGGGUCUCAGGUCCUAGAAAGCCACAUAGACACAUACCAGUCACACACAGUCUUACGCAGCUCCUACCACUUAUACUUGGUCACACAGUCCAUUAGAACUCAUCUGCACACCACGCACACCCACACAGCGCCCCAGUGGGUCUCGAGUCCCACACGACACACAUGGUCACAUA